ACACAGCCCUCAAUAUCUGAGUCAUUGCUCCACAUCCUGCCUUGCUUCAGCACUUCCUCAUUCAAGGCAGAGGCUCCUUACAGCAGCAGUGUAUUUGAAUCUCAGCACGUUCAGAGAGAAUACCAAGAGAUUCCACAUAGCCUUCCCUCCCACUUAGGACAAGGAGCCUAUAGAGCCAACCACCCAUUAUGGAAGCUGAGCAUUCCUAAACGUACACAGAAGGUGGCAGUCCAGUCCAGGCGACAGGACACUGCAGGCACAUGUCAAUGGACAGAGCUUUGUUUCAACAGAUUGCUUUCAGAUAACUUUCAGAUAAGCUGAGAAGUAAUCACCCAGUUUCGGUACAGACUGCUGUCAUAAGAACUUUCUCCAAGAAGCCAGACCAGGCAGAAGUAGCAGCUGGAGUGCCUGGUGAAGCUUGCGACGGGGAGGGAUUCCUGAGGGCUGGGAAGGCACAAAAAUGAAAUGGGAGACUGCUCUCUGGAUGGUUGCCUCCUUACUGUUUGCAUCUCUACCCAGAGGUCAACCAGACACAAUGUGCCAUGCAUUUGUUGGAGAAACUGUCAUUUUGCCUUGCACCACCACCUCUCCUGGAGAGUUGAUCCUUUCCAAUUCAAUGCUCUACUGGCAGAUAGACUCUGUCUUAGUGCACUUUUUUCACAAUGGGCAGGAUUCGCUGGAGUUGCAGGAUCAACGUUACCAUGGCAGAACUAGCCUUUUUUUGGACCAGAUGAAGCAUGGCAACUUUUCCUUAAAGCUUUCCAAUGUCCAAUUACUCGACACAGCUGUAUAUACUUGCAUCUACAGACAGACUGGGGAUUAUCCCAACAAACCACAGAAAUCUAAAAUUAAACUCAUUGUAUCAGCUCCAUCUAGCAUUGAGGAGGCUCCUUCCCCUUCCGGACACAGUCAGAUUUCCUCCAGAAGCCCUGCUGAUGCGCCGUGUCUGGCUAUGCUUCCCCUCUCUUUCCACCUCCUGGUCACACUGGGGGUUUGGCACUUGUAACUGGGGAAGCCAACCUUCUCUUUGGGAAGUUCUCCUCACCAGAAGACCUCGCUGGGCAGAACAGCUCUGUAGGGUUAGCAUGACAACUGUUCUAGAGCCACAUGAAAGAAAAACCAGUAGCUGAAAACAGACCUAGCACUACGUGUUUCUGCCGCGCAUUUUGGUGUUCCACAAAACCAAAGGCAGCAAAACUCAGAGGUGGCAAGUCUGCUUUUCCGUUUGUUUCUUGGAGCACAGUUUUAGUGCUGCCGGUAUGAACAUUUUAUUUUGGAUUUUGUGGUUUUGCUUUAAUGAUAGGAUAAAAGACUCACAAAACUACAAGGUCACAUUAUAAAUGACCCUAGUGAGAUCUUUUGCCCAAGAUCUCAUCUGCUGUCCAAGAGAACUGAAAGGAGGAAAAAGGGCAAUUACCCUCUGUGUCAGAUAAAAACUGGAAGUAGGAAGAUGCUUGCGUUUUGUAAAACAUAAGAAAGGAAACCUUGUGAAACUUGAGCCUGUGGAACUUUAGCUUCUAUUUUUAGUCUUAAGCGUCACAGGCUAUCAGUAACAACUUUUUUUCCACAAGAAACGUAGUAUUGCUUCAGCGGAAGGGUAAAGCUGACGGAGAAAGAUGAUGGAAAGUUCAUAAAACAUCAACAUAGAGGAAGGAAGUGAUGUAUUAUUACAAAAAUCCACUAAAAUCCACUUCUAAAUAAGCCAAAAGCUUUAGAAGGCUGAAUUCAGUAUUUUCUCUUUUUGUCAUGAAACACAGCAAGGUAAAUGUGAUCAUCCCGCAAAAGCUGGAUUCUUAAGCUAGAACUGUGCGAUAAGAAAUUGUUACUGUGACAAUGUUACUUCUUUAAAAAUGGUACCUUUGGAGGAAAAAAGAAUUAAAAACUGGUCAGAAUAAUUGUAACUGAUACCUAUGGAAAUUAAAUGGGUUUUGUUCUGGAAAUGUUCGAUUCAGGUAGCAUAGAUGUCCUGUGUAAAACAAAAUUGAAAGGAUCCUGUAUAUCAACAAUAUCAAGAAAGUGCAGAAGUUUUGUUUCAGGCCAGAGCUGCUGCAACCGCCCUAUUACAGAACUGAGAAGCGUCCAGAGAACUACUCACCCAGGCUGGUGAACAGCAGUGACUGCAGCACACUCCUUCUGGCUGUGCCCUCAAGCAGAGGGAAGUGACUCAUAAGGACACUCAUAAAGUCAUUUUGAUUUGGAACAGUUCCACUCUCUUUCCAACGGAAAGACAGGAUUGUUUUUGCAAAGAAGGGAACAGAAUAAAAUAGAGCUUAAAAUGGUAUCCAUUGAGGUAAAGGAGACAGUUACCUUUGACUUUAUUAACAAAGGGCCCUUUCCCCAUGGUGGGGAAGAGAGACAAAAUCCCACGCACAGCCUCUGCUGCUGCUGCAGUGGAGCUCAGUUGGUACUUAGGCCACCCUGGGUACAGAGCACCUUAGCGUAACAGCUGGGGUCCCACUUCACAAAAUAUUUGAAUAUAAGAAUUGUACAUACUGCGAUUGUCUUUUUGUGUCCUACCCUCCAAAUGUUUGUCUCAGAUUCCAUGUAUUUUUCAAAACAUAAGUUGAUUAAAAAUAAAAAACACCCAAACCCUGAUGAGA